AUGGCAUCAAGAACACUCGCAGUAGCUUCUUCUCUCUUUGCUUUGUCGCAUGCGGCUAGCAUCCCUCGCGCCGUCAACAAUGACAACCUUCCCGCUCUGAAGUUCACCUCCAAUGGAACAUUUCAGAUCGCAGUCUUUUCCGACAUGCACUUUGGCCAACGCCCAGCACAAGACGCCAAAUCGGUCCAGGUGAUAAGCGACGUCUUGGACUAUGAGCUCCCCGACUUGGUGGUUCUCAAUGGCGACCUCAUCAACGGCGACUCGACCUUCAAGCACAACAGCACCCACUACAUCGACCAGAUCGUCGCGCCCAUAAUCGAUCGGAAUCUAACAUGGGCAUCGACCUAUGGCAACCACGAUCACAACUACUACAUCACCGGCGAGGGUAUUCUCGAGCGCGAACAGAUGUGGCCUGGAGCGCGCACCAAGUCCAUGGUCGACGACGAUGACGCCGGAACCUCCAAUUACUACCUCCCCGUGUAUGCAUCGAACUGCACCAACACCAACAAGUGCACUCCAGAGCUGCUUCUGUGGUUCUUUGACAGCCGAGGUGGACGUUACUACGAAGCCGACGAUCAGGAGAAUUGGGUUGAUGAGAGCGUUGUGACUUGGUUCAACGAGACCAACACGGAGCUUGUCAACAAGUACAACAAGGUCAUUCCCGCGCUCGCAUUCGUUCACAUCCCUAUCAAUGCCACCAUGUCUAUUCAGACCGAGGUCGGCAUCGACGAGAACAAGCAACCCGGUCUCAACUUGGAUCCUCCUGUUGCGCAGCAAGGCGAGGGGUGGUGCGCGAACGGUACCAGGGAUACAGACAACUGCCACUACGGAGGACAGGAUAAGCCCUUCACCAAGGCUCUUGUCACCAUUCCUGGUAUCAUUGGCUUGUUUUUUGGCCAUGACCACGGCAACACCUGGUGCUAUCGAUGGGAGGGCAGUCUACCCGGUGUGGAAGUCGAGGGCAACGGCCUUAACCUCUGCUACGGACAGCACUCUGGCUAUGGAGGCUACGGCGACUGGAUCCGCGGCGCACGAGAAAUCAUUGUCUCACAGGACAAGCUGGCCGACAAGAUCAUCGACACCCACAUCCGACUCGAAUCGGGCGACAUUGUCGGAGCUGUGACGCUCAACUCGACUUACAACGAAGACUCUUAUACCGCGACUCCCGACACCAAGACGUAUCUGAGUGAUACUGGAGAUCUGAGCAACGCUGAGGAGAUGUCGGCGGGUGUGUCAUUAACUCCCGAGUUUUUGUAUGCGGCUGUUGGAGGGUCUUUGGUGACUAUGGCGUAUUUGUGUUUAUAA